AUGAAGAACCUCUUCUUGCUCUCCGCCUUGGCGGUCAUCAUUGUCAGUGCGAUGAUCGCCGGUGAAGCCGCGGAGGCGGCGGAACCAAGGUGUGGUGCUUAUAAGAAAGCAUCGCGGCCCUGUAUGGCGUAUGUCCAGGGGAGCGCCGAAACCAUCCCUCAGGCGUGUUGCGAUGGGCUCAAAGGGUUUCUCGACGAUGCGAAAACGGAGCAGAGGAAGAAGAUAGCUGCCUGCAAAUGCGUCGCCGGUUCUGCUAGUAACCCCGGCUACAAGGAAGGUCGUGUUCAGAAAGUUGCCGACGCCUGCAGAUUCAAACUCCCACCGGCGGACUACGACUGCGACAGGGAAGGCGAUGGCGGCAAGGUCGGGGAAGCAUUUUUGAACGAUACUAACUCGUCCCCUCCCUCCGAUUUGGACAAGCAGAGAAAGGUUCUCCCACGUACCUUCACCCAGUGCAAGAUCGGGAUGCCGCCGUCCAACUUGAUUAGGCUGUUGAUGCGCAAUUUGGGUCCUCCGAUCCCGCCGGCGGCAGCGGCGGAAUUGUGA